AACCUCACAGAGAGAGAGAGAGCAUCCCAGCUCACUAAAGAGAGAGAGGAGAGAGAGGGAGAGUGGAGCAGCACCCAACCACGUUGCCCGUCCUCAUAUUUCCCUCUGCAGCUGUGCGAGGCAGAGUGAGCGGAGAGAGCACAUCUGAGUCUUGUGGAAACAGCAGGACAACGUACCACUUGGCUGAGAGAUCGAUGCACUCACGCCAAGCCACACAGGAAGGGUGAGUGGCCCGUAGGACGUCCGUGUACUGCCACACAGUGAGAGAGAGAGAGAGAGGUGCCAAAGGGACCGAGAGAGUGAAGAGACCGAGAGGGAGGAAGAUUACCCAAGGCCAAUUUGAAAGCUUUCAGCUGGUCACUCGGAGCAGCCGCAGCCCAGAAGACCAACACUAAAAGGAUCAACUCCAGCUGCUGCUCUCAAGGUGUGCCUGUACAGGAGUGUUGAGAUUGAAUCCCAGCAUGCCUCUGGCUCGGCAGCAUCACAGGGCCACUGUGCCCACAGCAGGCUGGGUCCUGGCUCUGGCUCUGUUUCUUGCUCUGCAGGGUGCCGCUCACGCUGCUCCUUCAGGAGACAACAAGCUGGUUCGUACCACCAGAGUAAGGAGGCAGACCUCUGGGAGGGAUCAGCCCCCCUCCCCAGACAACGAGACCCUGCGGGAUCAACCAGUGAUAUUUAACCACGUCUACAACAUCAACGUACCCUCGGAGUCUCUGUGCUCUGUGGACGUGGACGCCAACGCACCACCGGCCCCGGGUGAUGGCUCUUAUGCUGAGUCGGGGUCCAGACCUUCUAUGGAGGGUCCAAUGUUUCCCAAUGGUCCAACAGAAUACAUAGAGCAGACGAUGGAUGCUGACAGCCAGGUAACAUUCACUCACCGCAUCAACAUCCCGAAGGCUGCAUGUGGUUGUACGGCAACAACCACAAUCCAGCAACUUGCUAUCAGGGUGGAGAUGCUGGAGAGAGAAGUGUCCCUGCUCAGAGCUCAGUGCGGCUCUGGGUGCUGUGGGGAGAGCUCAGCCAUGGGUCAUUUGGACUUCCUGCCAGGCUGCAGCGGCCAUGGCAGCUUCAGCUUUGACAUGUGCGGCUGCAUCUGUGAGGAAGGCUGGGCCGGCAAAAACUGCUCCGAGUCCCGCUGCCCGGACGACUGCUCCAACCAGGGUGUGUGUGUGGAGGGGGAGUGUGUGUGCGACCGUGACUUUGGAGGCGACAACUGCUCAGAGCCGCGGUGUCCUUCAGACUGCUCGGGUCGCGGGCUCUGUAUCGAUGGAGAGUGUGUCUGCGAAGAGUCCUUCACCGGCGAAGACUGCAUGGUGGGCAGGUGUCUGAACGACUGCUCGGACCAGGGGCAGUGCGUCAACGGGACGUGCCAGUGCAGGCCGGGGUACGUGGGGGAGGACUGCUCCAUGGUCUACUGCGCCAACAACUGCAGCAAGAAGGGAGUCUGCAAGGAGGGAUUCUGUGAGUGCCAGGAUGGCUUCGCAGGAGAUGACUGCAACUCUGUGGCACCCGCCAUGAACGUGAAGAUCCGAGGCGUGACUGACCGCACCAUUGACGUGGAGUGGGAGGGGUCCGUUGUUCUGACAGAUUUCUUAGUGACCUACACACCCAGCAGCCCGGGAGGCGUGCAACUGGAGAUAAGGAUUCCAGGCAAUACCACGACCUGCACUAUCUCAGGCCUGGAGGCGGGAAUAGAGUUCAACAUCAACGUGUUCGCUGUCAUUAACAACAGUAUCAGCGUCCCUGCCAGCAUCACGGUUUCCACCUAUCUCUCCAAUCCCGAUGGCUUGAUUUUCAAAUCCAUCACAGAGACGUCAGUGGAGGUCCAGUGGUUACCCUUCUACUAUUCCUUCGAUGGAUGGGAGAUCAGCUUCAUCCCCAAGGACAAUGAAGGAGGGAUGACUGCACAGCUGCCCAGCACCAUCACUUUCUUCGUGCAGACUGGUCUGAGGCCAGGGGAGGAGUACACUGUGAACCUGGUUGCGCUCAGAGACCAGGGUCGCAGCCAGCCAUUCACUACCACUGUCACAACAUUGAUUGAUGGCCCCACUCAGCUGGUUGUGCGGGAUGUGUCAGACACCGUAGCGUUCGUGGAGUGGACACCACCGAAGGCAAAGAUUGAUCAGAUCGUGUUACGAUACGGCCUGGUGGGAGGAGAGGGUCCACGGACCACCUUCCGCCUCCAGCCAACGCUCAGUCAAUACUCCCUGCAGGUUCUGCGUCCUGGCUCGCGUUACGAGGUUUCUGUGAGCGGAGUGCGUAGAGGAAAUGAGAGCGGAUCUAUUUCCACUGAAUUUACUACUGAGAUCGAUGCCCCUAAGAACCUGCGGCUCGUGUCCAAGACCUCCACCUCCCUGGAGCUCGAAUGGGACAACAGCGAGGCUGAGAUGGAGGGCUACCAGGUGGUGUACAGCACUUUAGCAGGAGACCAGUAUGAUAAAGUCAUUGUACCACGCAAUGAGGGAGCCACCACUAAGACCACCCUCACAGACCUGCUGCCAGGCACAGAGUACGGCAUUGGUAUUUCUGCCAUGAAAGAUAGCAACCAGAGUACGCCAGCUACAAUGAAUGCCAGGACAGGUCUGGACGUGCCCAUGGAUCUCACUGUGACGGCUUCUACAGACAACACCAUCACUCUGGUGUGGGGCUUGGUCCAGGGUCCCAUCGACCAUUACAAGGUCACCUUCACAUCCUCGUCUGGUGCCUCUACUGAGCUGACUGUGCCUAAAGAUGUUACCACCACCACUCUGACCGACCUUGAGCCGGGGACUGAGUACAGCAUCACUGUGGCAGCGAGAAGAGGAAGACAGCAGAGCACUGCAGCCACUAUAGAUGCCUUCACUGGCAUGGACCCACCAAAAGAGAUGACAAUGUCAGAUGUGACUGAAGACUCUGUGAUUAUCUCUUGGAUCAAACCAAUGGCGCCAUUUGAAUAUUAUAAGCUGUCCUACCAAUCAGCCAGAGGUCGAGUGGACAGCGUGGUGAUUGACAGCGAUGUGACCAACUACACCUUGUCCAGCCUGUUCCCUGCGACUGAAUACGAGAUCAGCAUCAGCGCUGUCAAGGGGAGUCAGGAGAGCAAAGUCGUCAGCACCGCCGUCUUCACAGCGAUGGACAUGCCAGCUGAGUUGACAGCUCUCAACAUCACUCCCCAAGGGGCUCUGUUGAGGUGGAAUCCCCCCAUUUCCAGUGUCGACAACUACGUGCUGACCCUCACACACAACCAGGUGACAGCUGACACUUUCCUCGUGGAAGGCAACAAGCAGGAGCACCAGCUGUCCAAUCUGAAGCCGAGCACCACCUACUCUGUGGCUCUGUACGCCACCAAAGGACCCCUCACCAGCGGCACCGUCAUCACCAACCUUCAAACUCCCAUGGACGCGCCCCUGAAUCUGACUGCCAGUGAGGUGAAUCACCGCAGCGCUCUCAUCUCCUGGCAACCACCACUCGCAGAAAUUGACAACUACAUGCUCACUUACAAGGCAACGGACGGCAGCCGCAAAGAGCUGAUACUGGAUUCAGAGGACACAUGGAUUCGUCUGGAGGGUCUGGCAGAGACCACAGAGUUCACAGUGAAGCUCCAGGCUGCUAGAGGACUUGACACCAGCGCUGUAGUGUCCACUACCUUCACUACAGGGAGUCGUCUAUUUGCAACGCCUCAGAAUUGUGCCCAACACCUGCUGAAUGGAGAGACUCUGAGCGGGGUCUACACCAUCUACAUCAACAGAGACCCCAGCCAGGGGGUGCAGGUGUUCUGUGACAUGACCACUGAUGAAGGAGGCUGGAUUGUUUUCCAGCGUCGUCAAAACGGACUCACAGACUUUUCCAGGAAGUGGAGUGACUAUCGUGUUGGCUUCGGAAACCUGGAGGAUGAAUUCUGGCUUGGUCUAGACAACAUCCAGAAGAUUGCUGGCCAGGGCCGCUAUGAGCUGAGAAUUGACAUGAAGGACGGACAGGAGUCAGUCUACGCCAACUAUGACAAAUUCUCCCUUGGAGACGCGAGAAACCUCUACAAGCUCAGAAUAGGAGAGUACAACGGCACCGCUGGUGACUCUCUGAGCUAUCACCAGGGCCGGCCCUUCUCCACAAAAGACAGAGACAACGACAUCGCCGUCACUAACUGUGCCUUGUCUUACAAAGGAGCCUGGUGGUACAAGAACUGCCACCGGGCCAACCUCAACGGCAAAUACGGCGAGUCCAGACACAGUCAGCUGGAGGACCACGAUAAAGAGCGAAACCACUGA